CCUCUGACGCCUCUGGGCCUCUGACCGUCAAAUGUUCUAUGGCCCUGUGGUGUAAUGUGAUGUGGUUUGGACCGUUCGAACCACUUUUCUGCUGAACACGUGUAGCGAAGCAUGGCCAAAUUAUGUCUUAAGAAGACAAGCAAGAGGAUAUCAUGUCGGAAACGUUAUAAAAUUGAGAAGAAAGUGCGAGAACACAACAGGAAAGUGAAACGUGAAAAGAGGAAGAAUCCAGGAAAAAAGCGAAAGAAUAAACUGAUACAAGUGCCAAAUAUUUGCCCAUUCAAGGAAGAUAUCCUGAAAGAAGUAGAAGCAUUGAGGAAACAGAAAGAAGAAGCUAAACAAAAACAGAAAGAGAUCUGGAGGGAAGAGAAGAAGAAAAUCAAAGAAGCAAAACAAGAAGGAGCUGAAGAGGGUUUACAGGGUUUUGUUGAAAAUGCUGAAAAACGGCAAAAAUUGCAUGAGAACUUCAGUGUCAGUGAUGCAUCAGACGUCACUGAAAUGCCCCAUAAAGCUGACGGUUCAGUUAAAGCUUAUUACAAGGAAUUUAAAAAGGUUCUGGAAGCUGCAGAUGUUGUACUGGAAGUCAUAGAUGCAAGGGAUCCGCUUGGAACACGAUGUAAACAAGUCGAACAGGCUGUUUUAGAGAGCAGUGGCAACAAACGUCUUGUUUUAGUGCUGAAUAAAGCAGACCUUGUGCCACGAGAGAAUCUGGAAGCAUGGCUGAAGUACCUUAGAAGAAGUUUACCAGCUGUUCCAUUCAAAGCUAGUACACAGCUGCAGAGCAGACGCUUGGGGCGGAGAAAAAUGAAGAAGUCCUCUGCUAUUGAGAGAAAAGUAACAAAUGAAGUAUUAGUUGAAAAUAAGGAUCUCCAGGGGUCUAAAUGUUUUGGGGCAGAGCUUGUGAUGUCCCUUUUAGCCAAUUACUGCCGCAAUAAAGGCAUAAAGACUUCUAUAUCUGUUGGUGUAGUGGGUUUGCCAAAUGUUGGAAAAAGCAGUAUUAUCAACAGUUUGAAAAGAAGUCGAGCUUGUAAUGUUGGAGCAACUCCAGGAGUGACAAAGAAUAUGCAGGCAGUGCAGUUAGAUUCCAAAAUCAAACUGCUGGACAGCCCUGGUAUUGUGUUUGCCUCCAGUCAGGGAGGAUCAAAUUCUGAUGCUGUGGCUACAUUGAAGAAUGCUGUGCGAACCGAUUCUUUAUCUGACCCUAUCAUACCUGCAACAGCUGUAUUGCAGAGAGCAAACAAGCAGCAGAUAAUGGAAUUGUACAAUCUGUCGGAUUUUACUACGCCUCAGGAAUUCUUUUCCCUUUUGGCCCACCGGAAGGGUCGGUUCAAGAAAGGAGGGGUUCCAAAUGCAGAUGCAGCUGCGAGAUCCCUUAUAGAAGAUUGGAACCGCGGAAAGAUCAGAUACUGCACGAUUCCGCCAGAGGAUGAAUGUGAUCCUCACGUAAGUUCAGCAGUUGUCCAGCAGAUGGCAGCAGAGUUUGACAUCUCAUCAUAUGAAGCAAUGGAGACAGAUACACUUAAUGCAAGUCUCACACAAAAUCUGAUGGCAAAAGGAAUGGUCAUACAGUCAACUGGUCCUGUAGAAGCUAAGGAUGAAACUGAGCAGAAAAUGGAGGAAGAUAAAGGAGACAUCAGUGGUGAAAUCUUGAGCGACAAUGUAUUAGUGUCUGUAUCGGCGUCAGCCACCAAGCGCAAUAAAAGGAAACGGAAUCGGAAAAGAAACAAGGGAAGAGAAAAAGAGGAUAAGAAGACAGAAGCCCUCAUGGAUCUUGAGGGUAAUAAGAAAUUGAAUAAAAUGAAGAAAAUUGAACAAAAGAAACUAAAAAAGGAGAAAUCCCGAAGAGCACGUGAUGCAGAAAAGCUUGCUGAUGUCUUGGAAAGUGUCACUCUGGAUAAAAAUGAUGAUUAUGAUUUCAGUAUAGAUUUCAAAGAGGCUUGAAGAUAUAUCCUAAUGUUUUUGGCAUUACUAUACUUAUAUGUAUACAGACUGUUAAAUAAACUUCUUUUGCUGAAUCAUA